CCUUCCCGAACGCAUCUCUAGAGAUUGCUAGUGUAUGUUAUAAUUCAUCUGUGAGAUGUGAUACACGUGCUUUCUCGUUGUUACAAAUCUUGUUUGUUUUGUAUAGACAAAUCUUAUAGAAGCUUUACGAAUUGUACACAUUCGCAGAAAUAUUCUCAGAGUAUUUUUUAUAUUAAUCAAGAAGUAUCAAGAAAUACUUGUAAGAAAGAUGUCUGAAAACGCUUUUAGUGAAAAUUCGUUCAGAGAUUAUUAUAAGGCUGAAAAUUCGGACGACGAGGAAAACAACAACGACUUGGCGAACCGAUUAUAUGCCGAAAUUUAUUAUCCAUCGAAUAACGAAAUCGAAUUAGGUGCCAAUGUUUCCUCAAAUGCUGUACCAUUAUUCAGUUGCAUUAUAAAGGAAUCAAUAAAUGGACAAGAAGGUAUAAAAUAUAACUUCAAUGAUAAGGUGAUUCCAGAGCCUAAAGUUACCAGAGGACAAGAGGAACCAGCUGCUGAAAAAAUUAUCCGGACUAAUAAAAGAAAUUUAGCUGAGCAAGAAACAAAUAAUAUUGCAGAAGUACGGAAAAAUGAGGAAAUUUCUCCUAAGAAGCACAAAUCUGCCAAACAGCCAAAGAUUAAGCACCGGAAAAGGUCAUAUAAAGAAAGUUUUGUUUCAGUAGACGAGUCAGAAAUAGACACUAAAUACAGCAUCGUACAAAAAAAAAUGAAACCAGAAAUUCAGUCAAGAAAUGCACAAGAAGGAACUUCGGAGGAGUCCGACUCUGAGUCUAUCUUGGAGGUGCCAGUAUCACCGAAGCCGAUGCCACUUCUCAUCAACCUGCAAGACUCCGACGAUGAAGGUACUGAAAGUUCAAUAGACGAGGAUGAUUUGCUCGAGGGAAGAUUGCGUGGUAAGAAUGCAUCCAAAGAUAACUUGAGAAUCGUGGACUUGACAGCCUCAUCUAGUUCAGAAGAGGAUAUAAUAGAAGUGUCGCUUGAUCAUCAAGACAUAAUUGCCGAAAGUACUAUUGACGAGGACGAAUUUUACGAAAAUCUUCAAAAGUAUAGGACGCUUAGGAGGGGUGCUUGGAGCAUUAACGAAAUCAAAGAAUUGUAUAAGAGUGCGGUGCAAGACAGGAUAGAGACGUCAGUCGAAGGUACGAGUUCGAAAAAGAGUCUAUCACAGGACAAGUCGAAAACGAAUAACCCGGAUGAUCUUUGCGCGUCUCUGGAACUGUGUCAGACAUCGCAGGAACAAGAAAUAGGAAUCGGGGAGCAAACGCAAGAGACGCAGCAAAACGUUUGUAACGUUCUACAGACUGGUGAGACUGACGAAACAAAGAAUACACGUAUGACGCUUGUGUAUGACAUUAGAUAUGCGAUGCGAACAUUGGAGAACACAUUAUUGGAGGUAUCGUGUGGUACCAACAAUAAUUUAGUGAUGAGCCAAAAGAGACCAAGUGAAAGCAAAAAUAAUGGAGGAGGUGAAGAAGGCGAUGGAAGUAGGGGAACAAAGAACAACAGUUCCGCGCGAAAGCAACAAUGCAUUAUUCAGCAAAACAAUCAGCUGAACGUUAUACCAUUAGCACAGAGCAGCGUUCAAGAGAAACGAAAUUCUUCAUUCUGGGACGAUUAUUUUUUUGCACCGUUACCAAAAUCGCUGAAGAAGUUCUACAAUGACCCGCGCGGCCAAGAAAACUUUAAUAUCGAAGAGAUUCAGCGCGCCAUGCCGAAAGAUCCAAGAAGAUGGGUGGUCUUGGCGGAUGACAUGAUAGGGCUCAUACCGGCGAGGCGACCCCGCAGAUAUUGGUAUAGCGUCGAAUGUAGUUAUUGCUAUCGAAUCGGUCAUUCAUACCAAUACUGUCCGGAACUAAAAAAAAAUACGUGUUGUCGCAUGUGCGGCAGACGAGGCCACAUCAUGUGGCAUUGCCCACAAAAGAUAUGCCUGACCUGCGGUAAGAAGCAGAAAUCCUUUAUUCAUAAUUGCGAGCAUUGUCGCACCUUGUAUUGCACGAUGUGCUCCUCGGUGGGGCACAAAAAGGAGCAUUGUCCCGAUCUCUGGCGACGAUACCAUUCGAUAACACGAGAGAUCGAUGGUGUGCCGCGGAAUCCAGGUAAUACGAUGAAACCGGCAAGUCAGCUGCACUGCUGCAAUUGUUCCAAGCGCGGCCACGAGUCUUCUAUGUGUAAGGAAUAUCAAUCCACACACUUCCUUACUCCGGCGUUCGUGACGAAUUACACAGAAGGACCCGUGUAUGAGUUGAGAAACGUUCCAGAAAGAAUCUCGAAGAACACUAAGGAUCCGUAUGUACCGUCGUUUAAAUCGAAAAAUAAUAAAACACCGCAACAAAUGCAAGAGAACACGCCGGCAAUGCAAACGACACCGCUGCCUCCCGACACAUCAUCAUCAUCGAAAAUUCACAUAACUGCAAAAACUGGCGAGCAAUAUGCGCAAAGCACACAAAAACAAGUGGUGUUAUCGAGAUUUACUAAAUUAAAGUUUGUUAACGUUAUAUAUUGCUGCGGAAAUUUUCGCUCUAAAAAGAACGCGCGAAUGUUGGUGACCAAUCUUUCUCAGCUGAAUGAGCUGAAUCCAGAAGCGAAGCAGUUCUUGCAAAAUAGAUUCUCGUACGGCAUUUCCCGCCCAAUCUUCCUGAGGAAGUUGCGUAAGAUAAUCGAGUUCGAGAUAACGAUAGGUUUACUAGCCGGCAAAAAGUCCGAAAUAAUAGUACAGCUAAUUGCGCCGGAAAACUGCAUUUACAUGUUACUCGAUCUGCUGCUCUACUGGCUGAAUCUUCCGUUCAUAGAGAAGAAGUCCGGAUUGGACAUAAAUUUACCCAUGAAUGCCAAUCAGAUGAGAGAUUUUCUCAAAGCGUUAAACCUUCAUGGCACGUCCACAGAGAUCAAGCAUCCAUUUAAACUUUACAAUGUCAUGAAUAGUUUGACGAAUAAGUUAGGUAAUACGUAUAUCAAAAACAAGGAAUAUUUUUACAACCUGAUAAAUUUGUGGGACAUACAAAAGAAACUUUUGAAAUAUAUCCACACUCAUCCAUUACAUAGUUUUCACUAUAGUAAGUUGUGUAGAUACAUGAAUACAUUGGAUGAACGGUUCCCAUCAAACAAACAACUUGAUACUUUCGCUUAUUUAGAUAUUCUUAUUAGUUACAAUAACGUAUUUACACCUCAUACACCACCGAAUUUACUAAGUAUACUGAAAGAUAUGAAGCUACCUAGGAUAGAGAAACAGAGUUUGAUACAAGAUCAGGAAUUCCUAUCAACACAUAAACCAAAUUCUGAUGUAAACUCCUGGGUACCAUUUACAACGUCAUCUUCAUGCACGUUGCAGGAGAUCGACACCGUUGCAAAUCCCUUUGCAUUUACUUUCGUUCCGAACGUGCCUGACAAUAUGUCAAAUGUUAUCGAUAUAGCAAACGUCAAUAUUUGCCAGCCAGGAACUAACAACACAAUAGAAAACCAACAUUCGAAGGAUAUUUUACCGCUCGAUGUUGAGCCGGUAUCAAGUCAAUUGAGGAAUUCCCAAAAAAAGAAUAGUCAAUGGUCAAUAGUUAACGUAAACAUUAACACUAAUUUACCGGUAACUGAGCCAAAUGUGAGUGUAACAGGUGCAAGUAAUCAAAGUAAAAAAUUGUCGGCGAAGGCAAAACGCAAAUUGGCACGCCAAAAACACAAACAAUCAAAAGAGGUGCUUCGACAGGAAGCAGAGAAACUCACGAGACAGGCUCGCGCGUAUCAACUACCCUACAUGGUAAAAGUGGCGGAAGAUUUGUUAAUGAAGUGUAAAAAUAAGACACUCAAGAAAAAAGAUGUUAGAAAAGUUAAGAAAAUGAUGGAAAUGGAAGAUAAGCAUCGAAAAAUAAUUAAACAGUUUUGCAGCCACCUGAAUUGAAAGUUCUUUCGUGACGAUUUGUUAUUUGUGUAUGCCAUCUGCGCCCUGUUCAUUCAGCGUUUAUUCAAUAACACUGUAUAAUAUUUUAUAAUGAUAAUUUUAUCUGCCUGUGCGUAUGAAUAUACAUUUUUCUAUUACAUAUGUUUUGAGAUAACUACAUCGUAAGUUUCUUAUUGCUGCUUUUCUUAUCGAAAUUGUCGUAAUUUUAUAGGAAUGGCUAAUAAUUCUCAGAAUUGAAAUUAUCAGAAGUACAUAAGUUCAACCAUUACACUGAUAGUUUCUUUGGGACUGUCGCAAAAUAAUAAAGUAUUUUGUAAUAAUUUUAUUUGUAUAUGCAAAAAGAAACAUUUUAUUAGAGAUGUUAAAUAAACAUAUGUUGAGAAAGUAAAUCAAA